AUUUUUGGUAUUUUGGCAUUUUACAGGUUUCAUGGAACAAUUGAGUAAAAUAUCAUCGUAUAUUCCAAAUUUAAAUUAAAAGGAUAGCUUCUCCUCCUAUAUUUACAAAUACAAUUAUGUUCUCGAAACCGCCAAAUUUAUUACCAAUGGAACAAAAGCAGAACAUUUCGUUACCGGAAAAUCUUACAAUCGAACAGCAGCAACAUCAACACUACGCUUUAAAAUGGAGCGAAUUUCAAUCAUCUAUUUUAAAUUGCUUUCAACGUUUACGUGAUGAAGAAGACUUCGUGGACGUUACUUUAACUUGUGAUGAGAAAUCCUUUACUGCUCAUAGGGUAGUGCUUAGUGCCUGUAGUCCAUACUUCCGUAAAUUGUUGAAGUCAAAUCCAUGCAAACAUCCUAUUGUUAUUUUAAAAGAUGUUCGCUCAGAAAACCUGGAGUGUAUUUUAAGCUUCAUGUACAAUGGUGAGGUGAACCUAAGGCAUGAUCAACUGCCCGAGUUCCUGAAAACUGCGAAUUUAUUGCAAAUUAGGGGUUUAACCGACGUUUCUGAAAGUUUGAAUUCUUCGGGAUUUAUUUCUUUAGCGACAAACAAACGCAGUUUUGAUAGAGAUGCAUCCAAAGAAGAUCCUGCCGAAAAAUGCAGUUUUAUUCCAAAAUAUAAACCAACUUCUGAACGACCUUAUAUAUCCACACUGGAGGCCAACUAUAGCAACAAUAAUAACAAUAACCUCCCGCCUAUGAAGGAAACUAAAACUUCAACCACAGCAAGCCUUCAAUGGGAUGACGUCGAUAUAAUUCGAAAUCUGAAAAAUCGCUCAACUCCCCCACCUCAAAAACGUAUAAAAAGUGCAGACUUAUUUCGUGCCCAACACGGCAUUAAUUCGGAACGUCCUCUAUCUGAACGAGAUUUUCCAGUGAUUGGGCAGCAUUCAUUAAGCAGGGAUCAAAAGAUUAUUUCAAGUGAUUGCGAGCAGAUUGCAGCAAUUAACGAAUCUAAUAUAGAAUCCUUAGUAGAGAGAAGACAAACACUGCAAAAUCAACGUACAGGUACUGAAUCGAUGGAUGAUGGAAGUCUAGAGCACAAGUCCAAUAUUAGUGAUGAGGAUACUCUUGAGCAUAUAGAUGGACAGCAAGUGAAUAAUGAUUCACUACACCAUCCACGUUCUACGAUACACAACGCGUUUCUGGGAGUUCCAAAAGGUGCAGAGCAUCAAUCUAUUAUAAAUCUUGGCGACUUCGAAUACCCCGAAAAAAUAUCGACCAACUUAAGCGAUAAAGCGGUUAGCCCUAAAACUUCACAGCACUACUCAGCAAUUCUUUGCAACAAUUUGUGGAACGCGAAGUAUGAAGAACUACCUCAAAAGGAAAACGGUCUUAGCUGCAGUUCCAUUGCUCAUAAUAAUUUGUCAAUAGAUAGUUACGUGGCGCAAUCUACAGCUUUGUCGUUAAUGGUAAAAACUGCACGACUAAAGAACAAACCAACGAUAUAUCAAAAUAUGAUAAUUAAGGAAGAACAUCAAAGUAGUCAAACUGAGCACAAUGAGCGACUCUAUAAACACGAGCAACAUCAGUGUCAAAAUCGCUUUGUAAAACAGCUACCUAUAUAUGAAUACCUUUAUGGUCUCGAAAAAACGGCAAUGAUACACCAAUGCAUUUUGGAUACUAAUUUAACAAAAAGGGACGACGUUGUCAUGUCAGAUAUACCUUUAACUCCAAUAUCCGGCUUAGAUGAUGAAGACAAUACCUCCAACAUUAAUAGCAGUUAUGUAUUACCGUGCCCUCUAUGCGAAGUUCCAUUAGAGCAGAAAUCAUUUCGACAACAUCUGGAUGGCCACUAUCCACGAGACAGCCCUGUUUGUCCCGUUCUUGAAUGCGGUCGUCGGUUUGCCCACCCGAAUUCCGUAAGGAAUCACAUGCGUAUUAAACACACUCAUCAAUGGGCUAAAAUGAAAGUAAUGCGUUCUUCUGCUGCACCAUUGUCUAGUGGACUGGAUUUAAAAACAAAAUGUGAGACUACUAUCGAUACGUUAAAUAAGUGUUUAUUCACAUCAGUCGUUUUUUGCUUGUAUAACACUUUAAACACCAAAACAAAAAUGGCAGAGUUCUGAAAACGGAUUC